AUGAUUCACCGAGAGCGACUGUAUGCUUCUUGUAAUUGGUCGGCCCUAGUGCUGGCCCUCCUAGCUUCGAUUUUGGGAGCAAUCGCCCUCGGUACUGCAUGGUACCGCGUCGAGGAUUCCUCACGCUACACCACCAUCUACUACCGAUGGGAAGGAGUGGAGACGGAUGCUGCCGGUGUGAGAAAGAGCACAGAGUACUUCCUAUUGGGCCUGGACCACCUCUACAGCCUGACUCAGGCCACGCUCGGCUUGACGAUCGUUGGCUUUGUGCUCGCGUUCGCGCUCUACUUGGCUCAAUUCUUCUACCAGGUGGGCAAGGUCUUCCCCUCGCUCAGGCUUUCGACAUCGUUCCUGACGGCCUCCUGGGUGGCGGGCGUGGUGUCGACGCUCACCUACUGCGCCGCCUUUGCCACCUACAGCUUCUGGAAUAACGCCUAUUCUCGAGGCGACACUACGAUGUGCGCGGAUGUUCACGCGCUCUGCAGCUCCUUCAUCGGAUCCAGCGGCCCUGUCUCCUGGGGUCCGUAUGUCGGCUGGGCGGCCACCGUCGUCGCCACUGCCAGCGUCUUUCUCUCCACCAUCCUCUUCUUCGUGGGCUCCAAGAAGGAGCGCAUAGUCGAAAACUUCGAAGAGCAGCUGCUGGGCAAUAACUAA